AUGGCGGAUUUCCUGAUCAACUACAGACCAUUCAAGUUCACAGCCAGCGCAGCCAUCAGCGAUGGUAUCCGGUGCAGCAUCGACAUUUCAUUCAUCCACACAAGCGUCUCUGCAGAGCUUAGUACAGAAUUGACCCUCUGGGCACCACCAGAGACUGGCCGUGUCCAUGCCAAUUUGGUCACCUCGUUCGAUAUCAAUUUCGGAGACAGUCAGGCCAUUACGGAUCCCAUCACACUCAUGAACUUCUACGAAUUUGUCCUUCAGUCGAGCCAGAAGACACCAUCAGCUCUACAGAUCUGCCUCUAA